UCAAGAUGUAUUUGCAUUCUAAAUGAUCAAAUAGAUUAAAGUGAGAGAUCCAUUACAAUGGGACCUGGUGGUGGGUCAGUGGGGCAUCAUGGCCCCCAAGACCCAGUUGCACAGAUGAAUGCCUUUAGGUCAUAUGUCUCUAUGUUAGCAGAUCCAAGUGCCAAGGAUGAAAAUAAACUCAAAGCUGCUCAGGCACUUAGUGAAGACCUUGAGGCCAUUGUUGCUUCUCCUCAAUACCCUUCAUUUUUGGAACAUGCAAUGAAGAUAUUUAUAAAGAUCCUCAGUGAAGGAGAUACAUUAUUCAUAUCGGAGUAUAAUAUACAGCAACUGCGAAAAUUGAUUUUGGAAAUGAUUCACCGACUUCCAAGCAACGAACAGUUGAAACUGUAUCUUCGGCCAAUCUUAACCCUAAUGUUUCGUUUGCUGGAGACUGAUAAUGAAGAAAACGUAAUGGUUUGUUUGCGCAUCAUCAUUGAAUUGCACAAAACCUUCAGGCCUCAGUUCAGUCCAGAGAUUCAGCAGUUCCUCCAGUUUGUGAAGAACAUGUAUCGAGACCUGCCAAAUCAUAUGAAUAAGAUAUUUGAACCAAGAUCCCCAAUAAGAGUAAAUGAUCUAAGUGAAGUAAAUGUGGAAGCUUUGCUUCAGGAGACAUUUACCAUCACUCCAAUCCAUACAGAGAAGAAAUUGCAAGAUGGUACAGCUAUAACAUAUUAUUUAGAAUUGCUCACUAUCGCUGAAAUUGUUACUGGAGAAUUUUCACUGCAGGGUAACAGUGUGAUCUUAGAACUAGAUGUGAAGAAUGUAGAGGAUUGUUCUUUGGAUUUUAUGCCAGAAUAUGUUAGAUAUAGGGAAGAUGGGAAAGUGAGAUCAUCCAGAGCAUUCUUAACUAUAUGUGAUGAACAUGGAACCCUGCCAGUUUAUAAACCAAAGAUUUUAUGUAAUAGGAUUCCUCAGCAAAAGCUGGAAGUGGCAGGUGAAGCCUGGAGCAAUAACCCUGGUUGUUGCCACAGAGUAUCUACCAUGGAAAGGAUGACUGCUAAUGGUGACUCAAGUGAUAAGCCCCUUACAGGUGUAGCAACAGCAGAUGAUAGCAGUCACCAUGGUAAGGGAAAGUACAUCAAUCACUAUACUUCUCAGUUGAGGAAGCAGCUUACACUUGAAAGGAGCAGGGAGAGGUUGACAGCUGCAGGUCCUACUCCUUCACAGGAAUACUCUUCAUACCGAGAAGCCACAGUUGCACUUGUUGGUUCAGUAGGGAAGGUAGCCAUCAAACGUGCUAAAAGAGAAUGUGUGAGACGCACUACACGAGAAUUGCUACACAUCACAUCACUCAAGCAAUGCAUCGGCUUGGCUUCACUCCAACAGCUAACUUGGAUCAAAGGAGAUUGGCUGUUUGACUUAGCUGAAGUUUGCAUCAAGUGGGAGGAGCAAAGAGUGAAGGAAGAUGCUGAUAGUGAUAGUGGGUCAGAAAGCUUGGUUACCCAUUUACAGCAACCUGGUGGAAUCAAACGAUCUUCUUCAACUGAGGGACCAGAUGCAAAACGAGCUCGUGUAUCUGUUGGAGGCAGCUCUAGGGGAAGCAUUGAUAUGAAUAAACCAAUGGAAAAGACACAAGCAGAUGCUGUGUACUUUCUGCUUCGACUUGCAUGUCAGGUUAAUGAGAGCACUACUACACCAGGCAUGGUUGCUCCUGGUGAGGCAUUAUCAGCACGUUGUGUAACUCUUUUGAAGAGAGCUCUUAAGCCUGAUAUGUGGCCAAAUGCAGAUCCCAAAUUAGCCUGGCUGGAUAAACAUUUCUUGAGUUUAGAAUCAUCCCAGCCUAACUUAGCUAAUGUUUGUGUUGGACUAGAAGUUUUCACUUAUCUAAUUGGUACGUUGAGGAAAGAGCAGAUAUUGCAAGCAAUGCGUGGACUGAAGCGGGGUUUAGUGGCUUGCAUGACUUACAGCAAUUCUCGUGUAGUGCGUCUCACACAUUCUCUUUUAGCACGUUUGAUGGCUACCUUCCCUACUGAACCAACAAGUGCAACUGUGGCUUCUCGGUAUGAAGAGCUGGAAGAUUUGUAUGCUCAGAUAGCAAAAAUAAUAUUUGAGGGUUUAUCCUCAUAUGAAAAAAGUGCUAGUGCUCCUCCAACCAUGUUAUUUGGGACUUUGAUGAUACUGAAAGCAGCGUGCCAAAACAACCCUUGCUACAUUGAUCGACUGAUCAUGCCCUUUAUGAAGGUUUUACAGCGAAUGGCAAGAGACCAUUUAAGUCAUACAGCUACAGAUAAUAGUGCAGUUGGAAGUGAGCUGUUGAUUCUCUCGUUGGACUUGGUCAAAAAUCGUGUUGGUGUCAUGGGUGUUGAAAUGAAGAAAGCUUUUAUUGGCACAAUCUUGGUUGGUCUUAUUGAGAAAACCCCUGAUGUCAAGUUUAUGAAAGCUAUCACAAAGAUGGUGGAAGAGUUAAAGAACAAGACACCAAUAGCCAUCAAUCAGGGCCAGUUAAGAGAAAAGUCAAUCUUGCUGGUCAAGUUAAUGCAGUAUGUAGAAAAAAGAUUUUCUGAGGACACUGAGUUAAUGGCUCAGUUUUUGGAACUUGUGAUUCAUGUGUAUCGUGAUGAAGCAUUAAGAAACACGGAAUUAACAGCAAAGUUGGAACCAGCAUUUUGUUCUGGUUUUAAGAUGUACACAAUCCACCAUAUAAGAGCCAAAUUUUUCCAGGUGUUCCAUGAAAGCAUGCAGGCACGUGUCAAUGAUCGGCUACUCUACAUAAUAUGCUCCCAGAACUGGGACCACAUGGGCCCUCACUAUUGGAUUAAACAGUGCAUUCAAUUGUUGUUGGUCACAGCUCAAAGUAAUCCAAUACAAAAUAGUAACUUUCAAGUCCUCCUCCCUUGUGUAACGGCUGUAAUAAACUGGGCUGAUGCAGCAGAAAGAGCCAACUUUUCAGUGUUUGCCAGCAUCAAAGAAGAGACUUCAGACCUUGAUACGGCUCUAGAAGGAAGUGUAGAAAAGGAGGUAAAACCUCAAUCUGUCUCAAUGCCAUUGGAGGAUGAAAUUGAUAUGGAGUUAUCUUCAGUCCCUGCUGAUGGUUCUUCUAAUAUAGAAGGAGCUGUAAAGGUGCAAAGCAACCCUAAAGCCAAUCUACAUCUCCUCCUGUCUAGACAGGCUAAAUUUAUGGAAGGUGUUAAAGAAGUGUAUACACCUCAGUUCUUAGCAGCUGUAUCUCAGUUGUGUCACAUGGAUACCAACCUUGGAGAGUGGGUGUGGCUGCAGUUUUUCCCAAGGCUUUGGAAAAUUUUAUCAGAAAAGCAGCAACAGGGCAUAGCCAGUGAAGUGAUACCCUUCUUGUGCUCUGGGUCUCAUGUGAUUCAAAAGGAUUGCCAUCCAUCAGCAUUACAUACUUUUACUGAGGCUUUGGCUCAGUGUCAGCCACCUGUUGUGAUUAGACCUGCCAAUAUGAAGUACUUAGGUAAAAGCCAUAACUUGUGGCACCGUAUGACACUGCUUCUUGAGCAGCUAGCUUUGGAACAAGGGGCUACUACUAGUCCACGUGCUACAAAGAAGGAUCUUUAUGAUUCGUAUGACCUUGAAUCAUAUGCCAAUCCUCAACAGGAAGUGCUUGACUCAUUAUCGGAAAUGUACUCAUUGCUGAAAGAAGAAGAUCUCUGGGCUGGCUUAUGGCAAACCAUUGCUUAUUAUCAGGAGACCAGAAUUGCUGUUACUUAUGAACAACAUGGGUUCUUAGAACAAGCUCAGGCUGCUUAUGAAUUGGCAAUGUCAAAGGCACGUGCUUAUAUUGCUGUGAGGCCAGCACCUGUGAAGCUCCAGUCUGAGAUGAAGCUUUGGGAGGAAAGAUGGAUAAGGUCCGUUUUCAGAAUGAACCAGUGGGAUCUUGUUCAGGAAUAUGGAAGCAGUGAUGCAUCUGGGAAUUCUCUUUUAGUUUUGGAGAGCUCAUGGAGGGUACCAAAUUGGGCUCGAAUGAAAGAAGCAUUGGCUCAUGUUGAGCAGUCAUAUCCAAAAGAGUUGGCUUGGAAAGUUAACCUUUAUCGAGGCUAUUUGGCUAUAUGUCAUCCUGAAGAGGAGCACUUGAAGCUGGUUGAAAAACUAGUUGAAGCAGCAACUGUCCUUUGUAUUAGAGAAUGGAAAAGACUUCCUCAUAUCGUGUCACAUAUUCACCUACCAUAUUUGCAAGCAGCUCAACAGGUUAUGGAACUACAAGAGGCUUGUCAAAUUCACCAGGGAUUAGUACAUGGCCGUACAAACUCUCUGCAUGAUAUGAAAGCUAUUGUAAAGACAUGGCGGAACAGAUUGCCAGUUAUUGCAGAUGAUCUUUCGCAUUGGUCAGAUAUCUUUACUUGGCGUCAGCAUCAUUAUCAAUUUAUUGUCAAUCACUACACAGAUUCAGGAGAGAAUCAAAGUAUGCUAGGCGUGCAUGCUUCUGCUCAAGCAAUUAUUCAUUUUGGCAAGAUUGCACGAAAGCACAAUUUGAGUAAUGUGUGUCUGGAGUCCCUCUCUAGAAUACACACCAUCCCUUCUGUACCUGUGGUAGAUUGUUUCCAGAAAAUUAGACAACAGGUCAAGUGUUACCAUCAAAUGGCCACAGCAACAGGAAUGGGGAAGAAUGAGCUUCAAGGGGGUCUUGAAGUGAUAGAAUCAACCAACUUGAAGUUCUUUAACAAGGAUAUGACAGCAGAAUUUUAUGCCCUCAAAGGAAUGUUUUUAUCCCAGUUAGGUCGGAGCGAAGAAGCCAACAAAGCCUUAAGUGCUGCUGUACAGCUUCAUGAUACACUUGUAAAAGCAUGGGCCUUGUGGGGAGACUAUUGGGAAGCACUUUUCACCAGAGAUUCAACGCAUAUAAAUCUGGGCGUUUCUGCAAUCACUUGCUACCUCCAUGCUUCUCGUCACCAGAAUGAAUCCAAGUCUCGUAAAUAUCUUGCAAAGGUACUUUGGCUGCUAAGUUAUGAUGAUGCGGAAGGAAGUUUAAGUGAUGCUGUUGACCGAUAUUGUGUUGGUGUACCACCAAUUCAGUGGUUGCCUUGGAUACCUCAGCUUCUAACAUGUCUAGUUCGACCUGAAGGAAAGGUGAUAAUAAAUUUGUUGAACCAAGUUGGACGAAUGUUUCCACAAGCUGUGUAUUUCCCCAUAAGAACAUUGUACCUAACACUGAAGAUAGAACAACGAGGGAGGAUAAAAAGUGUGGAUCCUGCUGCAGCAGCUGCUGGUCAGAAGACCCCACAACAGAAUCAGGCACAGCAGUCUCAACAGCAGCAGCAAACUCAAGCAGGAGCACAGCAAACUACACAAGGUGCUCAGCAGCAAGGAACAGAAGCUGUUGGCUCUAUCAAAGCAACUGAACCAAUGUGGCGAUGUUCACGUAUCAUGCACAUGCAAAAGGAAUUACACCCGACUGUAUUAGCAUCUUUAGAGGGCAUUGUUGAUCAGAUGGUGUGUUUCCGUGAAUAUUGGGAUGAGGUUGUUUUGCGGCAGCUACGACAAGCCUUGGCAAAGUGCUAUGCAGUGGCAUUUGAAAACUCUGGAGCAGUGUCAGAAGCAAACAUCACUCCUCACACACUAUCUUUUGUCAAAAAAUUGGUGUCAACGUUCGGUAUUGGAAUUGAAAAUAUCAACAGCUCAGUCAGUGGUGGAGGCCAGUAUGCUAGUGCAGCUUCCGAGUCUCUUGCUCGUCGAGCACAAGCAAUUGUGCAGGACCCUGUAUUCCAUAAAAUGAAGGGUCAAUUCACUACUGACUUUGACUUUUCUCAGUUAGGAGCCAUGAAACUCCACAAUCUUAUUCACAAACUCAAGAAGUGGAUUAAGAUUUUAGAGGCUAGAGUUAAAGUUUUACCCAAGUGGUUCCUGAUUGAAGAAAAAUGUAGAUAUUUAAGCAAUUUCAGCCUUCAAACAGCAGAGGUAGAACUGCCUGGAGAGUUCCUUCUUCCAAAACAUUCCCAUUAUUACAUCCGUAUUGCUCGAUUUAUGCCAAGGGUGGAUAUUGUCCAGAAGCAUGGAACUGCUGCAAGACGUCUUCAUAUAAGAGGCCACAAUGGAAGAGUUUAUCCAUACUUGGUGGUGAAUGAUUAUUCUCUGAGCGAUGCAAGAAGGGAAGAGCGUGUACUACAGUUACUGAGGAUGAUGAAUCACUUCUUUGCCAAACAAAAGGAAACAAGUCGGCGACUAGUUAACCUGAGUAUCAGUAGGGUAGUGGCUGUUUCACCACAAAUGAGGCUAGUUGAAGACAAUGUUUCAUCUCUGUCGUUGUUGGACAUAUAUAAGCUGCGUUGUGCUAAAAAACAGUUGGAGCCUGAUACACCAGUUACAAGAUAUUACGAGAGACUAGCUGCCGUUCAGGCACGUGGGUCUCAGGCCUCCCAUCAGGUGCUACGUGAUAUUGUAAAAGAAGUUCAAAGUGCAAUGGUGCCACGCACAAUGCUAAGAGAUUGGGCACUAACUACAUUCCCUAAUCCAACACAUUACUGGACGUUUAGAAAGAUAUUAACAGUACAACUAGCCUUGAUUGGUCUUAUGGAAUACCUGCUGCAUUUGACAAAACUUUACCCAGAUAUGAUGUAUAUCCAUCAAGACUCUGGUCUAAUCAAUGUGGCUUAUUUCAAAUUUAAUAUUGACGAUGCUAAAGGUGAAUUGGAUGCCAAUCGUCCUGUGCCAUUUAGGUUGACACCAAAUCUUGCUGAGUUGGUUACUAGUAUCGGAGUGUCGGGACCAAUUACUGCAUCCAUGGUAGCAACUGCUCGAUGUCUUGCAACACCAUCCUUCAAAGUUAGUGCACUUCUUCGGGCCAUCAUGAGAGAUGAAAUAAUUACAUGGCAUAAGUUCUCUAACAUUUUCCGGCAGCAGAGACAGGAGGCAGGAACGGCUGAAGCCACGCAAGGGUCAGGCACUAUGGAAGGUGAAGCAUUGAUAUCAAGAGUCAACAAAGCAGUAACUGCUAUCACAACUCGUAUCCAGUCACUUGCAUCCAGUGAUGGUGCUGAUAGUAAGGUUACUCAGCUAGUACGAGCAGUAAAUUGUGUAGACAAUUUAUGUCGUAUGGACCCAGCUUGGCAUCCUUGGUUGUAGUGUUUGUACACUUUUCCUCUUGUAUAUUUGUAUAUGUGUAAAUUUUUUAACUAGUCUUACAGAGUAAUAUGUAACAAAAUGAAAAUAGUAAAUGGAUAUUUAUUUGUAUAUAAAAUGACUGUAAAUGCUACACAGUAUGUAUUGUGGUCAAAUUUUUGUACUAGGUGUUUUAUAUUAAACUUAAGAAAGGA